AAAAAGAAACACUCUUUUCCUUUUCAAUCAAACACAACAAUAAUUAUUACCUCCAUAUUUUCAUCUAGAACCUACACUCCACUGCCACAAUUUCACCUUUUCUACCCCGUCCCACCCCCACCCUCUGCGCAUCUCGGCCAGUGCCCCGCGCGCAGCGAAGCCGCGCGCCCGUCUGUCGCGUCUGUGCUAGUUGCCGAAUUUUACAGUGUUUUAGACUAUGUGUACUGAGUGAAUCACAGAUAACAUGAUGCGAGCGUGCUUAGUGCUGGCGCUGUUGGCCUGUGCCACCGCUGAUGAGGCGCAGGAUCCUGAGGGUCUGAUGGACCUGGCUGCAGAAACGUUGCCCAGCGCAGAUUACUCUGUGUACGUGGGGCGAUGGACAGACUGCUCCCCCUUAGGGGAGGGGGAACAUGCCACCAGAUCUUUAUUGAGGUUCAACGUGCACGCCGAGGCGGACUCCCUGGUGCACUCCCCGAGGCUCGGGCUGCAGCGGCGGCAGGUGCAAUGUCGGAAAAGGGAUGGACAGUUUGUGGAAAACAUGUUUUGCGGCUCUGCUUUAGCACGCGUCGGGACCUCCCGCAUCUGUAUCUUACGAGAAGACUGCUCUCUCGCCGAAUGGAUGCCUUGGAGGCCGCGGACGGACGGUGCGCUGGUCCGGACGAGGCGCGUUCGGAGGCUACCACACGGUAACGGCAAGGAAUGCGACGUAGUGGAAGAGGUCCGACCAGCAGCUUUGGAAGCGACAGCCCACUGGACCCCUGGACCGUGGGGCGACUGCAAAGUGGCCAUUGAGCUGACUGCUACACCUAAACCUGUCAACGACGACGACAACGACGAAGCAGACGACGACGCGAUCUACGACGACGACGAGUCGGACGACCUGGACGAUCGCGAUGCGAGUCCUGCGAGUUGCGGCGGCGGCGUACAACGGAGGGAAGCGACGUGUGUCAGGGCUGAUGGAAGAGCGCUGCAUCCUGUCCAGUGUGCUCAUGCGCCGAUGCCUACGCUCGUUCAACCAUGCGAGGUCCCUUGCCCACGCGACUGUGAAGUGGGGGAGUGGAGUGAAUGGGAGGCCUGCCAACCUACUGAUAAAUGCCCCUUAAAUCCGGUGCAGCAGCUAACUAGCAGUGGUUACAGCGUCCGUCGCCGCCGUGUAACCGCAGCCGCAUCCGGCGGCGGCGCGCCCUGCCCGCCUCUAGAAGAGAAGAGAACUUGCGCCGCUCCACGCUGUGCUGCUUGGAAACCCCUGCCUUGGGGUUCCUGUGUGUUGAACCAACCGCACACAACGUGUGGCCCUGGCAGGAGAAGCCGCGAGCUACGAUGCGUUGGACAUAAUGGGAAGGAGGCCCCUCGCGCGUGGUGCAGCGACACGGGCGCGCCGGCGCGCACGGAGCGCUGCCGCAUCGCGUGCGCCGGCGACUGUGUGGUGUCCGCCUGGCGCGCCUGGGCGCCCUGCGCCGCGCCCUGCGCCGCCGCCGCGCGUCCGCCGCCCACACGGACCAGGAGCAGGCACAUCCUGGCCCACGCCUCGCCAGAUGGCUGGCCCUGUCCAUCCGAAGACCAGUUAGUCCAGCAUGAAACUUGUAAUACGCACGCCUGCGCUACAUACUCCUGGCUGGCCACGCCCUGGGGGCCCUGCGAGCGCCGCCAGGACUACAUGCCCGUCUCCAACUACACCGACCUCCUGGACGGAGAAACAUUUAACGAAAGCGACGACGAAGAGCCUUGCGUCGAAGAAGGAGAAAUGACCAGAGAUGUGAUGUGCGUACAGAACAAUGCAGACGUCGUCCGUGAAGCUUUAUGUGCGCCGCUCCGCCGGCCAGCCUCCCACCGCGCCUGCACGGUGCGGUGUCGCCGAGGUUGCCGCGUCGAGGCCUGGAUGCCGUGGUCUCCUUGUCCUAAUACUUGUGAUCCCGGCAAGCAGAUCCGCGUGCGCGUAGUGCACGGCGGGCCGAGCUGCGGCCCCGCGCAGGAGUCCCGCGCGUGCCCCGUGGCGCGCUCGUGUCGCGCGCGCGACGCGGCCUGGGUCGCCGGCGAGUGGAGCACGUGUCGCCUGCCGCCCGGAGAGAGAGCCGGCAUCGGGCAUAGAGUCAGAAGUAUCUGGUGUGGCUCCGCCUCUCAUCGCGUGAACGCGGGAGCGUGCGCCGGGCAGCUGGUGCCGCAGAGUGUCGCGGCUUGUCGCGUGCCGUACGACACUGUUGUCGCUUCGGUUACCUGUGAGCACGUCUGCGUUGACCCACUAAAAUACUUGGACGCAUCUGAGCCAGACAUCCCCACUUGCACUUGCAAGAACGUGUCUCUGGAACUGCUGCCUAGUGACUCUGACUGCAUUCUGCCUCCCGGCACUGAAUGUGGGGAAGGGAGAUCACUAAGAGCCGCGCGCUGCAUGUUUGGCGGACGAGACGUGCCCAUGGACGUGUGCAAGAAGUUCCACCCUCUCACUGGGCCAAGUCGAGUCCGUGAAGCGUCCACCGACGGGUACAGCUACGACGAGGAGUUCCCGUCGCUGCUACGUGGAGCGUGCAGCGUGCGCUGCGCGCGCGACUGCGGCGCCGGCGCGUGGGGCGAGUGGGGCCCGUGCGCGGCCGAGCCCGGCUCCCGGGCCGCCUUCCGGUACCGGACCAGGGAAGUGCUAGAAGAAGGCUCUGCGGGUGGUCGUGAAUGCGGCGCGACGCUCCAACGAGCAACCUGUGUCGUCUCUGAACCGCGCUGGGUGCUCGGCGAGUGGUCCGUGUGCGCUCCGCACCGUGUGCUGUGCGGUCGCGCCAUCAUCAACCGUACCGUUACAUGUGAAGACGGCGAAGACAACGUCCUCGAGGACCCAGCGUGCGAAGCGGCAGGCGCAGGCGGCGCGCCGUCACGCGACGCGACUUGCCGCGCGCCCUGCCCUGGGGACUGCGUCGUCAGCGCCUGGUCUGACUGGAGCCCUUGCGAACAGACUAAAUGGGGUGGGCGACGCGACAGAACACGAGUGGUACUACGUCCAGCGGCAGAAGGCGGGACUGCGUGCCCUCCGCUUGUCAGCGCGGAGCCCUGCUCCCCGCACUCCUACUCCUGGCACGUGGCGCCCUGGGACGACUGCCAGCCGCUAGGUGGCUCACCGUGUGGCGAAGGGACGAAGAGACGAUCCGUCCGCUGCCUGCGGAGUGAUGGCGUCUUUGUCAACGACACUUUCUGUCCCAACACGACAUCGACAGAAGCGCGUGAGUCUUGGUGCUAUGUGCCGUGCGGAGUGGACUGCGAAUUAAGCGAGUGGAGUGCUUGGGACGCCUCUGCUUGCUCCUGUGGAGACGCGUCCUCUGCCAGACAUAUGAGACGCAUCAGACAGCGGCUGACGGUGGCGGUGUGGCCGGGGCGCGCAUGCGCGGCGAGCGAGCAGCGCGCGCCCUGCCCGCGCGCGCCCUGCCUGCGCCUGCUGGCGCGCCCCGUGCUCGGCUGCCACGUGCAGACAUCAUCAGGUCAAGAGGCCGACGGGGCCUGCGGCUGGGGCGUGAAGAUCUCCCGCGUGCGCUGCGAGCUGGCGGGCGCCGGCGACGACGGCCCCGACGCGUACCUGGAGCCCUGGCGCUGCGCCCCCGCGCUGCCCGGCCGCAUCGUGGCGCCGCCGCUGCACUAUCAGGAGGAGACGUGUGAAGUGGAAUGCGGCUGCAAGGAGUCGGAGACGGGGCAGCCGGGCCCGUGGGGCUCCUGGGGCCCGUGCCGCGGCGGCGCGCGCAGCCGCUCGCGGCAGCUGCUCGUGCCGCCCAGCGAGGCCUGCCGCACGCCCGCCAGAUACGUGACAAUCGAGUGGGCGAACUGCACCGUGGGCGAGGAGACCGACCUGCUGGUGUAUGAGCCGCGCGACGAGACGCCGCGCCGCGCCUGGCUCGACACAGACUACCACGAUGGUUAUAUCGAGGGAAGCAGUUCUUUGCUGGCGGUGGUGUGGACCGCCACUAUCGUACUCAGCGUGUACGGCGCGUUCAUGUUGUACCGCGGACUGAUCAGAUGUCUUCGGAGCCGAAAGCUGAAGACCGUCACCAAGGUGUAAGGUGGUGUAAGCCAACGAGGAUUUACUCUGAGAAUCGACACCCUGAGCGCAAGCCAGGCCCUUUACUGGACCUCCCCAG